UACACUGACGACAAUACACAGUUUACUUAUGGUAUGUUAGAAAAGGAAAAAAAAAAAAAAGAAAGAGGGAAAAAUCUAUUGCAGGAGAGGAUUUAACUUAAACCCUAGAGAAUUUCCCAAUUCAAAUCAUCAAAAAAGAAAGAAAAGAAAAAUCGAAGAUGAAGAUAGCAGUAGAGGGUUGUAUGCAUGGAGAUCUGGAGACCGUCUACAAAACGAUCCAACACAUGGAAAAAUUACAAGGCAUCAAAAUCGACCUACUUCUCUGUUGCGGUGACUUCCAGGCGGUGAGGAAUGAAAGAGACAUGGAGAGUUUGAAUGUGCCACCGAAAUAUCGUGAGAUGAAGUCAUUCUGGAAGUACUAUUCGGGCCAAGAAGUCGCUCCUAUUCCAACCAUCUUCAUCGGUGGGAAUCAUGAAGCUUCCAACUAUUUAUGGGAACUAUAUUAUGGAGGAUGGGCAGCCCCUAAUAUAUACUUCCUGGGAUUUGCUGGGGUGAUCAAGUUUGGUAAUAUUCGUAUAGGUGGCCUUUCUGGGAUUUAUAAUAAGCGUCAUUAUCGUUUAGGACACUACGAGAGGCCUCCUUAUGAUCAGAACACCAUAAGGUCUGUGUAUCAUGUUCGAGAGUAUGAUGUCCACAAACUCAUGCAAAUUGAGGAACCAAUUGACAUUUUUCUUUCACAUGAUUGGCCUCUUGGCAUCACUGAUUGUGGGAACUGGAAGCAACUUGUUCGACACAAACAGCAUUUUGAGAAUGAGAUUCGGGAAAGAACUCUUGGAAGUAAUGCUGCUGCUCAGUUGCUGGAAAGAUUGAGACCUCCUUAUUGGUUUUCAGCUCACCUACACUGCAAAUUUGCUGCUCUUGUUCAACAUGGGGAAAGUGGCCCUGUUACAAAAUUUCUUGCACUUGAUAAGUGUCUUCCUGGACGCAAAUUUUUACAGAUUAUUGAUGUAGAGUCUGAGCCUGCACCUUAUGAAAUUCAAUAUGAUGAAGAAUGGCUGGCAAUAACCAGGAAAUUCAACCCUAUCUUUCCAUUAACAUUCAAAAAUGCAAAUUUCGGGAGUACACAGCUUGAAAUCCAAGAGUGUCGAGACUGGGUUAGGAGCAGACUACAAUCAAGGGGAGCGAAACCUUUCGAAUUUGCACAGACUGUUCCGUCUUUUGUUUGCACCCAAUCUGGCUCAAAGAAUGCCUUUGUUGACUGUCCUAGGAAUCCUCAAACAGUAUCUUUGAUGCAGCUUUUGGAGCUUCCUUAUCUUCUUGACUCUGUAUCAGAAUCAAGAGAAUCAACUUUUACUCCUGCACCACUAAUUGGAGGAGGUUCUUCUGUUGAGGAUAGCGAAGAAAUUCCCAUAGAUGAUGUGGAUGAAUUAGAAGAACUUGCGGAGGUUGAUGGUGUGGAAACUGGAAACUUCAAGAGAAAAAGUGAUGAUCUGCAUGGGAAGAGAAAGGAGGAUUACAGCCGUUGGGUUUCUGACGUAGAAGGAGAUGGCUCACCAACCAGUACCCAGCACAGACUAGAAAUAAAGACUAGACUCUAUAAGCACAAGGCAAGGCUGUGUUUCAAUCACCCAAAAUGCCAAUGGAGACAAAGCCUGUACUAUUUUCUUCUGAAUCCCAUUUUCAUUAUUUUCUCUUUUUAUUUAUUCUCUUUGUUAUUGUUGUUUCUUCUUUCUUCUUCUUCUUCUUCAAGCCUUUCUUUUAACUUUUAUGAAAGUUCAUGCCCAUCUGCUGAAUUUGUAGUUGCAAACACAGUGAGAUCAGCUUCCUCUUCCGAUCCAACCAUUCCAGGGAAGCUCCUCCGCUUGCUAUUCCAUGACUGCUUUGUGAAGGGAUGUGAUGCAUCUGUGCUGCUACAAGGAAAUGAGACGGAGCGAAGUGAUCCAGCAAACACAUCUCUGGGAGGAUUUUCAGUUAUCGAUUCAGCUAAAAGACUACUUGAAAUAUUCUGUCCAGGAACUGUUUCUUGCGCUGAUAUUUUGGCUUUGGCUGCAAGAGAUGCUGUUACAAUUACUGGAGGACCUGCUAUUCAAAUUCCAACAGGUAGAAGAGAUGGGAAGGUAUCUUCAGCAAUAAAUGUGAGACCAAAUAUAGUAGAUACAAGUUUUUCUAUGAAUGAGAUGAUCAAAAUCUUUACCUCAAAAGGAUUGUCUCUGGAUGACCUUGUUACCUUAUCAGGUGCUCACACUAUAGGAUCAGCUCAUUGCAGUGCAUUCAGUGAUCGAUUCGGAGAGGAUUCUCGUGGGAAAUUCGUAGUGAUUGAUCCAUCUCUAGACACUAACUACGCAAAUGAGCUAAUCAGACAAUGUCCUGCAGGAGCAAGUGAAUCAAUCACAGUUAAAAAUGAUCCUGAAACCUCCAUUACUUUUGAUAAUCAGUAUUACCGAAAUCUUUUAACCCACAAAGGGCUCUUCCAAUCGGAUUCUGUUCUUAUAGAGGAUGAAAGAACGAGGAAACAAGUAGAGGAAUUUGCAAAUGAUGAAAGUAUGUUUUUUGAGAGUUGGAGACAGUCAUUUUUGAAGCUAACUAGUGUUGGAGUUAAGACAGGAGAAGAAGGGGAAAUUAGGCGUUCUUGUUCAGUAACCAAUGGGUGAAAUUAUGAUUGAGAGGAACAGGAAAUUAGACUGUUGCUUUCAAGGCCCAAAAUCUAGCCCAUUUCAGUACUCCUUUUCGGAUGUAGCCCAAUGUAUCUAUUAGUUUGUUCAAUUAAUUAUUUUUACUUUCAUUAAAAAAAAAGUCAAUUUCA